AGUACAAACUUGGUACGGAGUUGGGCACGAUUAUGGACAACUUGACGCUAUUCCUUGUGACAGCGGUUCGAAAAUGGUUCUGCAGGGAAGGCAUUAUUGAAAAAGAGGCUCUGGUAUGCGGUGGGGCGGGUCACCGGUUUCCGCCGCCGUAGGCGCUCACUUCAAAACUAUUCCCCUCUCUUUUUGGGAGCGCUAACUUGCGUCCUUUGCAUUUUCUUAUUGGCCUCCAGUGUGGUUGAUGACGGUCUUACAGUCGAAGCAGAUGUUGAGACCAAUCAGUUGAUUGAAAUGGACUUUUUCUUUUUUUGAAAUACUUGACCGUUAAAUGUGUGCCUUCAUUGGUUCGACCAUCACCAAGUAUUCUUCUUUUGUUUUGUUUUUAACGUUUUCUUCCGAUGCUGUGAGCUGUUGUGGGAUUGCACAAUGAGCAAUGUACGUGCAGCCUGACGUCAUCGCCUUUCCCGGAAGUUUUUCCGCCAGGAAUACCAGACAGAUUUUUAAUGCCAAUUUUUUCCCUCGUGGAAAACUCCUCCUUGAAAAUGGUUGUAUACAGCAGUGUUGUGAUGAUCUAAAUGACCGUCAUGAACCCCAGCUGUGUAUGUGUUCCGAGGUCGUCCCAUGAUCUGUUUAGCUGCACCUGGGUUUCUUCUGGGUGGACGGAAGGGCGUCGUUAGGGGCUUCCGGUUGUCUUCAUGAUCUGUCAACCGUUGAACCAACAAUCGCUGCAACGGAAACCUUGCUGGGGGAAAGAUUUUAGCUAACAUUAAAGCCGCGUAAACGUAUUUAUCCCCAACAAAGUAUAAUGGAAAAAAGAGCCGUUUAUUGCGAAGGGAACAACUUGUAAAGCAUUAUCGUCGGCGCCGUCGUGCGAUAAGAGAGACAAGUUGUUUUGCUUAGACGACGGUUUCGAAUAAAGAACGACGUUCAAUGAUCCAAUUAGUAGCGGUCGACAACGGAAGCACUGAUGGAGCCAAAGUGGCAGGAAGCUACCCAUAAUGUCGAGAGACGGAUUUGAUGGUGCACUCAAUUGUUCAUUUCCCGGUAUGGAGACAAACAUCACAUUGUGGCAGUUCUUGCUGGAGCUCCUUCUCAGUAACCAGUACAGUCAUAUGAUUACCUGGACCAAUAAUGAUGGGGAAUUCAAGUUGGUCAACGCCGAGGAAGUGGCCAGGCUUUGGGGACUUCGCAAAAACAAACACAACAUGAACUACGACAAGUUGAGCCGUGCAUUACGCUACUACUACGACAAGAACAUCAUCAAGAAGGUGUUGGGGCAAAAGUUUGUCUACCGCUUUGUGUCCUUCCCGGAAAUUGUGAAAACGGAGAACAAAAUUCCAUUCCACGUCAAGAUGGAAAGCAUUAACAAAACGCCACCGAAAACUCCCUUCCCCGCUCACCAGGCAAGAGCUCCGAGUGGAUCACCAUCCGAAGUAGGAGAAGACCUGAGCUUGAAAAGCAGUCGUGUAUGGAGCAAAUAUGAGCCCAUAAAACCGAGCUCCGAUGAAGACGAACCUCCGGCAACACCCGACGAUGUGAGUUCAACAAGUAGCAGUCGUGCGUCCCCGGGUGCUACGAAACGACGAGCAGAAUCUGACACUGACUCCUGUCCUUCACCUCGAUCAUCUGGAUCAACGGGUGUGUCAGUGGUGGCCAUCGGAAAACCGAAACCACGUCCACCACCCAUUCUACCACCUAUGGUGACGUCAGGAUUCCCAAGUUUAUCCACUCCGGUAAUGACGUUCACGAGUCCUUUUCUGGCACCUGGUGGGAAGACUCCUCCACUUGUACCAAUGUCCUUCUAUCCUUUAAGUCCCUUAUCACGUUAUGGAUCGCCGACUCACUUUCAGUUUCCUGCUCAUUCUUUUCCUCCAUUGAGUCCCUUCAUGACUCCCUACUCGCCUUUCGAUCCACAGCUGGUGUUUUCACCGACCAAGUCGAUACCCGUGCUUCAGUGAAUGUGCUGGUCACUUGUACAUAGCCAAGGAACACUUUUGUGCCUUUCAACACCCAAGACGCUUUUUGUGCACACGUGUUGAACCAAUCAGAGAUUAUAUUCGACGCACCUUAGUGGUAACCAGUGAAUAACCAGUGUCGCAUAUUAAAGGGGGCGCACUCUCUCGAUGGUAUUGGAAACAAAACCUGUUUUUGUGUGUGUCUGGAUCUCAAGCCCAUUGUGCACAACAUCACUCUGGAAGUGUGUUUUUCUUCUCGCUCUUGUAGUGAGUGAGUGGGAAAUGCUCGCUCUAUUUUUCUACUCGCUGUAAAUAAGAUGUAUCAAAGAAGAACAGAUUAUGGAAUAAAAAUAUAUCCGAGUACA